GGACGAGGAGGAGGUGCCGUCCCACAAUACCAGGCGGGAGGGCGGGCAGGCGGUUUGUAUCCGGGCUGUGAGGUGCUCGGAACCUCCGCGGACCUUGCAGCCUCUGUCUCUUUAACGCGAGAGGAAGCGAUGCAGAGGGGUGGAAAAUGGCAGAGCUGCAGAUGUUACUAGAGGAGGAGAUCCCGUCUGGCAAGAGGGCGCUGAUAGAGAGUUAUCAGAAUCUGACCCGGGUGGCGGACUACUGUGAAAACAACUACAUACAGGCUACAGACAAGAGAAAAGCUUUAGAAGAGACCAAAGCCUACACAACCCAAUCCCUAGCUAGUGUUGCUUAUCAAAUAAAUGCAUUGGCUAACAAUGUACUCCAAUUGCUGGACAUCCAAGCCUCUCAGCUUCGGAGAAUGGAGUCUUCCAUCAAUCAUAUCUCACAGACUGUGGACAUUCAUAAAGAGAAAGUGGCUCGAAGAGAGAUUGGUAUUUUGACAACAAAUAAGAAUACAUCAAGAACUCACAAAAUAAUAGCACCUGCAAACAUGGAGCGUCCUGUAAGGUAUAUUCGGAAACCUAUUGACUAUACAGUUCUGGAUGAUGUGGGCCAUGGUGUCAAGUGGCUAAAAGCCAAGCAUGGAAAUAACCAGCCUGCAAGAACCGGCACACUGUCGAGAACAAAUCCUCCUACUCAGAAACCGCCGAGUCCUCCCAUGUCAGGCCGGGGAACGUUGGGACGAAAUACUCCUUACAAAACCCUGGAACCUGUUAAACCUCCGACAGUUCCUAAUGACUACAUGACAAGUCCUGCUAGGCUUGGAAGUCAGCAUAGUCCAGGCAGGACAGCUUCUUUAAAUCAGAGACCGAGGACACACAGUGGAAGCAGUGGAGGAAGUGGAAGCCGAGAAAACAGUGGCAGCAGCAGUAUUGGCAUUCCCAUCGCCGUGCCUACACCCUCACCACCCACUAUUGGACCAGAAAACAUUUCUGUCCCUCCUCCUUCUGGAGCUCCACCAGCACCACCUCUUCCACCACUUCUCCCCGUGAACACUGUGAUAGCAGCCCCGGGCUCAGCUCCUGGUUCCCAGUACGGCACAAUGACCAGGCAGAUUUCUCGACACAACUCUACCACUUCCUCGACAUCUUCUGGUGGAUACAGACGGACUCCCUCUGUGACGGCUCAGUUUUCUGCUCAGCCUCAUGUUAAUGGAGGUCCACUUUAUUCUCAGAAUUCAAUUUCUAUUGCUCCACCCCCUCCCCCUAUGCCUCAGUUGACUCCACAGAUACCUCUCACAGGCUUCGUGGCCAGGGUGCAGGAAAACAUUGCUGACAGCCCGACUCCACCACCCCCUCCUCCACCAGAUGACAUUCCCAUGUUUGACGACUCUCCACCUCCGCCGCCGCCGCCACCAGUGGAUUAUGAAGAUGAGGAGGCCGCAGUCGUCCAGUAUAACGAUCCAUAUGCAGAUGGGGACCCUACUUGGGCCCCCAAAAAUUACAUCGAGAAAGUUGUGGCAAUAUAUGAUUAUACAAAAGACAAGGAUGAUGAGCUAUCAUUUAUGGAGGGUGCAAUCAUCUAUGUAAUAAAGAAGAACGAUGAUGGCUGGUAUGAAGGAGUCUGCAAUCGAGUGACUGGUCUGUUCCCUGGGAACUAUGUUGAAUCGAUCAUGCACUAUACUGAUUAAAUUCUUGCUUUUAAAGUAGGUUCUUAUUAUCAGUCAUACUGUGGGACUAUUACGGUUAACAGGAUUGUCUUAAAAUGUUUUAAAAUGUGCCCAUAUGUUCAGGACAUGCUGUUUUAUUGGUAUAAUUGAAUGUCUACCUGUAAGCAUAAAUCUCUGAGGCAGCUGGUGUAUUGCUAAACGGCAAUCUAUACAAGAGGCUGUCUGUCACUGAUUGUGCUUAUAUCUUACUUACACAUUGUUAACUUCAUGACCAGCCUAAAUAUUCUGAGGGUGUGGGGUAUAAUAUUUCACAAAUCAUGAUUCAGAUUGUGCCAUUACAUGUUUCAGUGCAGCAUGGUUACUAACGCUCUGUCAGACUAAUAUUAAAAUCAGAAAA